UCAACCAUAACACAGGCAAAAACAAUUGAGUGGCCCGCAGGCAAUCGACGAAAAUAACUCAAUAUAUAUACUAUAUAUUGUAUACGAUAUAUGCUAUAUUGUGUUUUGUACACAUAAAAGACUACGUAAGAGAAAUAACAAAAAGAAAGGUGAAAAAAGAAAAACACUUCAACUGUAGGUGCGAAAAAUGGCGCGUUUGGCGAUGUGUGUGAAUAACCUGGGCCAAGGAGCCGUUAUUGCCCACAGCAAGCUAAACAAUUAUGAAAUUAAUAGCCUUUUAAUUGGCAAGGAUUAUUAUUGAAAACAAAUAUUGAACAGCAUUGAACUUAGCGCAAAGACGUGCAAAAAGUGUGAGCAAUAGUCGAGCAAAAGUCGAGCAAAAGUGUUGUGAAGCAGUUAGCCAAGUUUUUGUUGGCCUUGUAUUUAUCAACACGUUGACGGAUCAUUGUACGAAGCACCCGGCCAUGAAGCAUGAGAAGACUGCAACCAUGGCCUCCAAUGGCAUGCCACUUCUUAAACGGGACAAGCAGCGGCACCAGCAGCUCUUGGAAUCACCCAGUUCACGCAGUCCCAUCACCAAGGCAUUUGACUUUCUGCCCUGGACACGCAGUCGCAGCAAGGCUGCUGCUCCGUCCAGCAAACCAGAAACGGCGUCAACUGCAACUACAAUGGCCGAUGUGCACUAUCAUCGGAAUAUCUUUCGCAGUGGCGGCGACCUCAUACGCGAUAUGCUCGUCGGCGACAAAGACAAGCUGCAGAAGGAGAAACCACCUCAAUCGCCGCUCUCGAUGGCCAAGAAGACACCACGCAAGCAGAAGCAACUGUCGCGCAACAAGAGUCUGGACAUUCGGGAGCUAAUUGGCUGCGCGGACAGCGAACUGGCGCCGCGGAGUAAUGCGAACAGCUCGGCGCAGCCACAGCGCUUCCUGGACGACACCUACAUUGACAAUAAGCCGCGGCACAUUCUGUUCAAUGAUGAAGAGAACACUGUGUAUCUUAUUAAGAAGGAGCAGCCGGUUGCCAAGACACACAAGCCACACCCAGCCGGGGAUGUGCUGAAGGCGCGUCUGAAAUUUAAACGGUUGCCAAGCGAACAUUAUGCGGCCUCGCCGGAGGCUCUGCGUCGUGCUCAGCAGCUCUAUCAGCGCUCCGAGCAGAGGCACACGUUGCAGCGACGCAAGAGCUUAAGUGAUUCGCAUUACGAGCAGCAGAGCAGCUCCAGCCUGAGUAGCGGGGGCAGUGGUGGCGGACAAGCUGCUCAAGCAGCGAGCGGCAUUAUGCUGGAACGACCCAAGACAGAUAAGCCGCGCAAGAAGCUAUCUUUUCGCGAGCCCGUCGAGGCGGGUCUGUCGACAGUGGUGGUUGCCAUGUCGCCAGCGAUGCUCAGCGAGCAGCGGCAACGGCGUCGCAGUUCCCCAUUGGAACGCACCACAGCGUUGGGACAGGGGCUGGAUUGUGAUAAUUUAUCCAAUAAUCAUAUAAGGAAUGCAAUUUCCUGCGGCUACGCUGCCAGCGAUCCCGAGUCUCAGGCCAUGCGCAUUGUGCGCACCGUCGGACAAGCCUUUGAAGUGUGCCACAAAUUUAAUCUUCAUAAGAAUUCCCUGGAGCCCAAUGACGAACGCUCCGAUGUGUCAUCAUCGGAGCUGCUGGAUGUGGAGCAAAUCAGUGAGCAGCAGCUCAGCGAGGAUGGAGGCGUCAUCACCAGCGAUACGCCAAAGAAAGAGCACUUGGCCAUAACGCCCGAUUUAAACCACACGCAGCCGCAGCGACCGAACCACUUGGAGUUGCUGCCAACGCAGUCGAGUCUACGUAAAUCGACCAGCCUGCUGUGCGAUGUGGACGACAAAUCGCCCAGUUCGCCGUCUUCGCCGCGCACUGAGAUAACACAGCUGAAGGAUCAGAUGGAGGCGCAGGCACAACAGACGCGUCAGGCGCUUGCUCAAUUAAUGCUCGUCAGGGAGCAGCUCAUAUCGGAGACAAAUGCUCGCCUCGAGGCACAGGCGCGCACACAGCAGUUGCUGCAACAGAAUCGCGAGUUGCUCGAGCACUUGGCCUCGCUUGGCGCCUACAACGAGCAGCAGAGCGCGGGUCUGACAUCAGCGAACAUUGGCAUGGCACCACAGCUCUCGUCGACGGCCAAAGUGGCUCGCUGGUUUCAACAGCUGCCAUGGCAUACCGCCUCCUUGUCUCGACCAGAAAGCGGCUUCGUUUCCGGUGACUCGCGGUCUGAGAAGUAUCAGGAGGAUCAUUUCUAUGGCGGCAUGGUAAAGGAAACGGAUGAUUUAUGCGAUGAAUUUUUGCUCGUCGAGGGCAGCAGCACCAUUUGGACUAAGUUAAGCGCCAAAAAACGUCGUAAAUUGCUUGGCAUGCGUUUGGGCAAAGUGACAACAUUUUAACUUACCCCACAUAAAAACCAACUUCAACUCCCCUGCCACCCGUAAUGUGUGCGUUUAUUAGCAGCUAAGUGCGUUUUUUGUAGCAUAGCUCUAAGGGAUGGCGAUUUUUGUAGCCAAGUAGCUAGUUACUUAUAUACUUAUGAUGGCAAAUAUGAAAAUCAAUAGACUAAAUCACCAAAUUAACCCAAAACGAACGACAUGCUCAUUGAAAUGCCAUGAACACCCACAAUCACAAAAAAAAAAUAUAAAAAAUGAAGAAAUUAAGAUAAGAGCAAAAAGAAAGUAAUGAAUAAGCGUAGACAUAAGUCAAUUAGCGGGUGUUUAGUCAAACUAAGUUGUAAUUUUAGUAAAUAUCGAUAGUUGUCACCAUCGGAUAGUUUUUAGUUGGAGUUAAGAACACGAACAAGCAAGACGCGCACCUUUGUGGCAGACUGAGGACAUUAAUUAUACGCUCAUGUAUCACGAACAAACGGAACAAAAACGAAACAAAACGACACAUAAUAAAAGGCUGGCAAUUGCUGCUUAACUUGGCCAACUUUUCAUAUUUGAGAAAAACUGGUUAUGAAGCUAAGCAAACAAACAUGCAAAAAGCGCAAAAAGAAGCAAACUGGCAAAUGCGUAUUGGAGAAAAACUCCAACGCUGUAGAUGCCUUGCGUACUUGCUUUGCUGGGAAAUGUAUGGUUAAGUAAAUAAGCCAAGUUAACAACAAGGACAACACAAUACUCACACACAUCUCUCAUCCAUACAUUGGCUUUUACGAGGAGCAGCAACUCAAAUGUUUGCUAUUCAUACAUUUUUCAGCAUCAAGAAAUUUUAUGCAUAAAUCGAUUUUACUUUUAUGUGGCCGCCGUUGUGGUUGAGAGCAUUUUCGGGGAAACUCUAUACAUUUACUGUGCACCCAAACUGAUGGUGGCAUACGUGGCGUAUAAGUGAUUACAGCAGUUUGGGUGGAUUUAAGGUCGAAAGCAGGCAACUUGUAAGCAAGGUAGAUACAAAGUUCAAACAGAUUGAAGAUUGAGUACAAUUUAAGGUGACUUGCAUUGCACUCAAUAUUUGAUAUUUUGGAAUCUUAAGUAAAAUAGGUUAGGCUUAAGUUAUAUACAAUAUUUCAAAGCAAGCAAUGGGCCCAUUCAAAAUAUAAUUAUUAUCUCCAUGAAUACUGAUUUAAGAUUUAACUUAUCAAAGUCUCUAAAAAAAAUGUGCCCAAAGUCUAUAUUAACAAACGAUUUCCCUAACGAUUUUAGGACAACUAUUCAAUUAUUCAAUUAAGUACAAAAUUUGAACAAAUAUCGAAAUUUAUGGAAGAGAUAAACAAAAAUUAUGUACGUAAUGGUUUUAGUUAAUUUAUGCAACAAUU